CACCAUUGGCUAAUGCCCUAGCUCGGCGGUAUGGAGCACGUAGAGUUGUGAUGACAGGUGGUGUCAUUGCUGCAUCUGGUAUCAUAAUUACUUCCCAGGCCACCAGUAUAGAACAUGUCAUCAUAUGCUAUGGAGGUUUAGGAGGAUUUGGCUUGGGCCUCACACUUGGUCCAAGCUUAGUGACUGUUGCCCAAUAUUUUGACAAGAGACGUGCCUUAGCAAAUGGUAUUGCACUGUCUGGUGGCAGUGUCGGGGCAUUUGUAAUGCCACCACUGUUGCGAUUUUUACUCGACAAAUACUCAACAAGAGGAGCAAUGAUGAUAAUAGGUGCCUUAGUGCUUCAUAUAUGUGUCAGUGGCAGUUUGUAUAGACCAAUAUCAUCAUUUGGUCCUAUGCCUAAACAGAGAAAGUCAGAAGAGGAAGAAGAAAAACAGAGCAUGAUGGAGAAUAAAGAAGAACCUAAUAAUUCUUCUGUUAGUGAUGUCAAGGCCACCAAUGGUCCAAAGACAGCUGACACAUUCACUGAUGCGCCAUUAGCCAAAGUGCUACUGCAGAGGAAACUCCAAGGACACAUAGCUAAUAAUACACCUGUUAUAAGUAAUGGGAAACAUACUCCUUUAACCCUACAGCAACAGGGGAGUACACUGGAUGAAAACAAAUAUUAUGCUAGUGCUACAGACAUAGCAAAUGUUGGACUAUAUACUGCUGAUAUGCCUCGACGACAUACUGCAGAUACCACAUUAUUAAAAAGACCAACCACAUCCAAGACUGACCAUGGAAUAAAGAGAAUUAACAAACAUGAAACAUUCCUUUAUGCAAGUGACUUUUCCCUUGCUGCUAUAUCAACAGAAGACGUUAGAGCAGGCCAUGAGAUACCAGUACAACACCAUAAGGAUGAAGAUAAUAAAGUAAAGCCAUCUGAUGAAAAUAUCAAACUGUGUUCACUUGAAGGAUUAAAAAACAAAUUAAAUUCCACAUUUCCAGUUGAAAUGAGCUUACUUCGAAACUCAAUAUUUUUAACAUUCGCACUAGCAAAUUUGUUCGGAAACUUUGCAUUUGUGAACAUCAUUGUAUUUAUUCCCGCCUAUGCAAAUGAUUUAGGAAUACCCAAGGGUCAGGUUGCCAUAGUCGUCUCCAUAUUAGGUGGUGUGGAUCUCAUCAGUCGUAUCUCUCUAGGAUGGUUUGCAGAUCUACAGAUAAUUAAACGGGUGCAUAUUCUUGCAAUUGGGUGCUUUGUAACAGGGGUCUGCUGUAUAUGUGCUCAAUUUAUAAAUGGUUUUGUCGCCAUGGCCAUAUAUUGUGCAGCCAUAGGUGCAGCAUCUGCACCAUGGAUAUUUCUACGGAAUGUUGUCCAGAUUGACCUAUUUGGAGUCGAGAUCAUCUCUAAUGUAAUAGGCCUUUCAAUGGGUAGUAAUGCGAUUCCACUCUUGUGCGGUCCACCAUUUGUAGGAUGGUUGAGAGACACCACCAAGCAGUAUUUCUGGCCAUUUAGAGUAUGUGGCAUCUCCAUGAUGGUCUCAUGUUUCUUGCUCAUUGCCAUCCUACCCCUGGCUCAGAAACACCAGGCCCGUAAGGAGAAAAGAAUUGCCGAGAAGGAAGAGGAGAUAAGACUUACUGACCAGCAAGUAUAAACAGCUUAUCAUAAAUCAACAGUUCAACUGACGGCUAAAGGGACGCACAUUUAGACAUUAAUCCUGGGAUAUUCUAAAUGUAUAUGAACAUGCAGUCACAGGAUAUUUUAAAUAAAUGUGAACUAUAAACGUGUAAACAUAUCAAGGUAACUUGAACUUAUUCAAGUCAAUGAAUUUCAUGAGUGAAUUUCAUUGAUCAAAAAUAAAGAGUUUAAAUGUUAGAGAAAAAUAUACCAUAUUUUGAAGACAGUUGUA